GCCCGGUUGCCGGGGAGACGCGUCCAUAGCGCGGAAAUCCCCGCGGGCGCGGAGCCCUCCCGGCGCCGCCAUGAGCCAGCGGCAGGUCCUGCAAGUGUUCGAGCAGUACCAGCGCGCCCGGUCGCAGUUCGCGCAGGCGGUGGCCGACCUCGCCGCCCGGCCGCAGAGCAUCGACACUCUCCGAAGUGCAGAUGUGGUGUGUUUGCUGAGACCUCUUUUGCUGGAUGUCGUCCCGAGUAUUCGACAGAUCGCUGCCUUGGCUCUUGGGAGACUCGCUGAUUACGAUGUGGAGCUGGCAGAGGCAGUCGUCAAGGCAGGAAUUGUUCCACAGCUCAUAGGUUCACUGCCUGAGGAGAAUCGUUACUACAAGAAAGCAGCUGCAUUUGUGCUAAGAGCAAUUGCUAAACAUUCUCCACAGCUAGCUAAUGCAAUAGUUCAGUAUGGAGCACUGUAUAUGCUGGUGAUUUGCUUGGAAGAUUUUGACCCUGGAGUCAAAGAAGGUGCAUCUUGGGCACUUGGAUACAUUGCCCGACACAAUCCAGAACUGUCACAAGCUGUGGUGGAUGCAGGCGCUGUUCCUCUUUUAGUGCUCUGUAUCCAGGAGCCAGAAAUUGCUUUGAAAAGGAUUGCUGCUUCAACUCUCAGUGAUAUUUCAAAGCAUUCUCCAGAGUUAGCACAGACAGUAGUGGAUGCAGGAGCUAUCGCUUACUUAGCUCAGAUGAUCCCGAACCCUGAUGCUAAACUGAAGCGUCAGGUGCUGUCAGCUCUAAGCCAAAUAGCAAAGCAUUCAGUGAUUCUUGCACAGUUGGUGGCUGAAGCAGAAAUUUUCCCAGUUGUGCUCACAUGCCUGAAGAACUCAGAUGACUAUGUCAAGAAAAAUGGUGCAACUUUAAUUAGAGAGAUAGCAAAGCAUACGCCUGAGCUUUCACAGUAUGUAGUAAAUUCAGGUGGAGUUGCUGCUGUGAUUGAUUGUAUUGGCAGCUGCAGAGGGACUGUCAGACUGCCUGGCAUCAUGACACUUGGUUAUGUGGCGGCUCAUUCGGAGAACCUGUCAAUGGUAGUGAUUGUCUCCAAGGGAAUACCUCCACUGUGCCUCUGCUUGGUAGAAGAACAUGAAGAUCAUAUUAAGGCAGCAGCUGCUUGGGCCUUGGGACAGAUUGGAAGACACACUACUGAGCAUGCACGUCAUGUUGCAGUAGCAAACGUGCUGCCCACACUGCUCGAUAUCUUUAUGGACCCACGCAGCUCAGAAGAUCUAAAAACAAAAACUAAGAACGCCUUAGAGAACAUUCUUCAGAAAUGCACGUAUCUUCCAGCACUUGAACCCCUGCUUCAUGAGGCCCCUCUCAGUAUUAUGCCUCAUAUUAUUGGGCAGUUUAGUAAGGUGUUACCACGUGACAGUAAAGCACGUCGUCUCUUUGUAACAACUGGUGGACUUAAAAAGGUUCAGGAAAUAAAAGCAGAAUCUGGGUCACUUCUUCAGGAAUAUAUCAACACUAUUAACAAUUGCUAUCCAGAGGAAAUAGUAAGGUAUUAUUCCCCUGGAUAUUCUGAGACGCUCCUGGAAAGGGUGGAAAAUUACCAACCAGUUUUAUAAACUUCAGUGUUUUAUUAGAGCUGCAUUUCAUGUUUAUGUCUUUAUGACUGUAAUACAAAUACAGCUGUUGAAAGCCUUGCUUGAUUCUCAAAUCUCUUUCUACUAUUUGAACUACUGAAAAAGCUCAGCAAUUCUAGCACGCUACAUUUUGUUCUUUAUAAACUUGUUUGUUGCUAAGUUUUGUUCCUUUUUGGUUUACUUUAAGAUAUUGCCACAUAUAUGAAUGGAAUUUCAUGCAGGGGUGAUGAUUUAUCACAGAAGCUUUUUUAGAAUCAAUAAUUUCCUUUUCCUUCUGCAAGAAAAGUUUGUUAUCUCAUUCAAAUUUUAGCCCUCUCAGUACAAUUACCCUUUUCUCCUUUUGCCUUUGUAUAUUGUUUAAAGCUUCCCAGGCUUGAUAAGGGGAAAAAAAGCUGGCCCCUGUGCUUUUUCUAAUUAUGGAAUUCUUUAUGCACUGAGAUUCCUCCUACUGCUACCCUUGAGGAAGUAAAGUUUUGUGAUUUUACAUCUCCAAACAUGUUAGUAGCAGCUAAACAAAGAAAUAAUCAGAGAUGAAGAUGAUACAAGGGCUGAAUUCUUCAUUAUAUGGUAGUGUGGUGAUCCUGGCCUGGUAGAUAAUACUACAAAAAUCUUUUGCAGAAGUCCUCCUAAUUAAGGCAGGAUUUGCUGUGGAGGAAAGGAGCAAUACACUGUUUGGUCUGUGCAUGGUUGUUCCUCUUGAGAAGGACAGAGCAGAACUUCCAUGGACACGAAGGGAAGGACCCUGGGAUGUUUGGUUUGCAGGGGUCAGCAGCACAUUGGUGUGGCUCAGAAGAGAGGAGGUUUGCUUGGCUGCAGGAACACUGAUAGCAAAGUUCUGAGCACAUUCAGAGGGAAUCUGAGGACACUUAGGUCGCACUGAUUGGACUGAUGGGACUGAGGUGGCUUAGGAUUUAUCCUUCAAGAGCUGAAAUAGCUGAAGAGUUGGGUUAAAACACAUUUGGAACUUAAGUCUUGAAGCUGCAAGAUCACAUCGACAUAGAGGUGUGAGCUCUUUCCCACCUGAAGAACAUCCUGAAACUAUUUUUACCUUCUUUUGGAGAGUGAAAAGACUUCUACAUUCUGCUUACUCCUCUGGUGUACCACACAGCAAACAACCCUAUAAUCUUCCCUAAUAUGUAAUUAUCAUUUACCAUUUUUUGUUCUAACCAUUUUUCUUUUUCUCAUUUGCAGAUUUGCAGCAGUUUGGGGGAGUGUUUGUUGUUUUAUUUUGUUGGGGUUUUUUUUGUUUGUUUUGGCUUUUGUUUUAUU